UAUAAGAUUGUUUCGCGUUUCAUUUACUUAUUUCACUUAUCUUAUCAAUUUUACGUUAUAAGUGUCAUUUUUUUUUAAAUUUUACAUCCGCAGCAGUCUUGCUUUACCUUCCGCGUGCACGCAUGUCCGCUUUCCAUACACAUUACGUACUAUAGUAACGCUAAAUUGAGAAUUUAACUAUAUUGCUAUUAUCAGUUUUGUAUAUACGCAAAUAAAAGUGAUUAAAGUUUAAAUUAAAUUAAAAAAAAAAAAAUCAACGUAGCCGUAGUACGUUUGACAAUUUUUUAUUUCUGUCUCCAUGACACGCGAUUGAAAUUGUUCUCCGAUCGAGGGCCGGCUGUUGCAUAUUCAAUUUAAUAAAUAAAUAGUUUCGCGCCGCGCGUGAUGUCAAGCGUGGAAUUUUUCGACCGAGUCAAUUUCGAAUCAGGCCGCCUUAUCGGGUAACCGCGGGUUCGUCGCCAUGGCGACGUCAAUUUGUUGUUGCGGGCUGUGCAGCCUGUGCGUUUGCAGCUGCAGCUUCAGAGAGACGUGGAGAGACGGCAGCGAGGAGAGCUCAUCUCUCUCUCUCUCUCUCUCUCUCUCUCUCUCUCUUCUCGCUGUCUCUCGCGCGUGUAUAAUAUUCGCGAUGGACGGCUGUUUCCGUCCGGGGGAUUUAGAGGCGCUCCAAAAUUUAAUCUGCCCGCCGAAGGACGACUCCGACAUUGAGGAUGAUCUACCGCAGGCGGGCGCGAGGAAGUUGGGACCGGCUGACAUCGGCGCUCCAAGCGUCGAAUCGUCCCAGGAACGUGCGGGACCUCAUGCGUCCCUCCAGGGCGCGGGUGACGAUAUUUGGCAUCCUUCGGAAACGGUCGACAUCCGGAGCUUGCAGGAUUACGACCCUAGAAAGGCGCCCGAAUACGAGAUGAAGUUUAAGCAGGCAGUCACGGCGGAGGACGUUUAUCUGGGAAUUGGCUUUAAAACGCCGAGCACGGCGUCCUGCGAGUGGCUGUCGGUGCUGGUGAAAUUGCCCGAGGAAACGCGGGAAAAAGUGGAGCUCUCCGUGGAAUCCGAGGCGAUCGACGUGCGCAGCCCAAGAUAUCGGCUGCACCUACCGACGCCGCAUCCGGUGGAUCCCAACGCCUCCUCCGCCAAGUGGCACAACGACACCUCCACCCUGGAGGUCACCCUGAGACUCACGCGCGAGCUGGAUAAUGUAAACUUUUGAUUCCGGAUCGAUAUGUGUCGUCAACCUGAAUCAUCCGAUACGACUAUCGUCGAAGCAACUCGUGGAUUCCAUAGGACGCUUCCAUAGGAUGCCCCACGGACCAAGUGUUUAUCGAAGAAAUUGCGGAGUAAAAAUUUUUCACCAAGUUUUAGAAAUAUCUCGCGCUAAUUAUUUUUAUAUAAAAAAAAUGUAUAAAAUAUUAAUAAAAUAAUUGGUUUUUUUCUUUUGGUUCCUAUAAUCUUAUAAUCUAUUUCUUAUAAUCUAUUUUUGUCGGUUU